GUUUACUUGCCGUAUAUCGUUUAGUGUUUACUUGCCGUCCUCAAACACUUUUGGUAUUAAUCUUAUUUGUCCAGUCUAAGCUUUAAGCUUUACCAUAGCUUUACCAUAGCACAGACCAAGAUGGUAGCUACCAACAGAAAUGAGGUUCCAACCAACUAUGACAGAAAACAUGAACUAAAAGCUUUUGAUGAUACAAAGGAAGGUGUUAAAGGCCUUGUUGAUGCUGGCAUAACCGAGAUUCCCCGAAUCUUUUAUCAUCCACCUGAUGAAUGCUCCAUUCACAAUACCUCUGGUUCGGAAGAAGUCCGGUUUAGCAUUCCAGUCAUAGACCUCGAAGGCCUCUUCGAUCCUACUAAAAGAAAGGAAAUUGUUGCAGCAGUUGGAGAAGCAUCAGAGACUUGGGGCUUCUUUCAAAUUUCCAAUCAUGGAAUACCUUUUGAUGUGCUGGAGGAGAUUAAGGAUGGGGUACGUGGGUUUUAUGAGCAGGAUACUGAAAUGAAGAAACAGUUUUAUACUCGUGAUCACUCCAGUGGUCCAGUCGUCUACAACAGCAACUUUGAUCUGUAUAGUGGACCGGUAACUAAUUGGAGGGAUACUUUUUUGUGUAAUAUGGCUCCUACUCCUCCUAAGACAGAAGACUUGCCAGAAGUAUGCAGAGAAAUCCUUGUUGAAUACUCGAAGCAAGUAAUGAAGUUGGGGAAGCUAUUGUUUGAGUUGCUGUCUGAGGCUCUUGGGCAAAAUCCAAGUCACUUGAAUGACAUAGAUUGCAGUGAGGGGCUUCUGGUUUUAGGCCAUUACUAUCCUGCUUGUCCACAACCAGAAUUAACAAUAGGAGCAAGCAAGCAUGCAGAUAAUUCCUUCAUCACUGUCCUUCUGCAAGAUAAUAUUGGUGGUCUUCAAGUCCUUCAUCAGAACAACUGGAUUGAUGUACCCCCAGUGCCGGGGGCUCUUGUGGUUAACAUUGGAGAUCUUCUGCAGCUCAUAACAAAUGACAGAUUCAAGAGUGUCGAACACAGGGUACUGGCGAACCGUAAAGGUCCUAGGGUAUCAGUUGCAAGCUUUUUCAGCACAGGAAUGCUGCCAUCGACAAAGCUCUACGGACCAAUCAAGGAGUUAUUAUCAGAAGACAAUCCUCCAAAGUACAGGGAGACUACUGUUAGGGACUAUGUUGCCUACUUCAAUGAGAAAGGCCUUGAUGGCACCUCUGCUUUGUCUCACUUUAAGGUUUGAACCUGGAAAAGGAGCAUUGCUAAGUGCCAUACUAUCUAUAAACAUUUCUUUUGUGUAACAAUAUCCAAAAUAAACCUUUAAGGACUAAGAUGAAGUUAUUUGUCCAAUAAAUGUAAACUCUAGUUGUUAUUGUUACUUUUCUUUGUUUCUAGAAGGAUUUAACAUGUGAUGGCUGUUUAGAGAAGACUUGUUUCUGCUUCUACCACCUAUCUAUGAGAUAGUGUUGUCCA